GGAACUUCCAGGAAUCUCUCUUGAUUUCUCCAGGUGAUGGUGUGGAUCCAUGGUGGUGCUCUGGUUGUAGGUAUGGCUUCCAUGUAUGAUGGAUCCAUGCUGGCAGCCAUUGAAGAUGUGGUGGUGGUCACUAUCCAGUACCGCCUCGGUGUCCUGGGCUUCUUCAGCACUGGAGACCAGCAUGCCAGAGGGAACUGGGGCUUCUUAGACCAAGUGGCUGCCCUACGCUGGGUCCAGCAGAAUAUCGCCCACUUUGGAGGCAACUCUGACCAGGUUACCAUUUUUGGAGAGUCAGCAGGUGGCACAAGUGUGUCUUCACAUGUUGUGUCCCCCAUGUCCAAAGGACUCUUCCAUGGUGCCAUCAUGGAGAGUGGAGUAGCUGUGUUGCCUGGCCUCAUCUCUAGCUCCUCUGAGAUGGUUUACCAAACGGUGGCCAACCUGUCUGGAUGUGAGACCAUGGACUCAGAGGCCCUGGUGCACUGUCUGAGAGCCAAGAAUGAAGCAGAGAUUCUGGUCAUUAACAAGGUCUUCCAGGUCAUCCCUGCUGUGGUGGAUGGGGAGUUUCUACCCAGGCAUCCACAAGAGUUGUUGGCAUCUGUGGAUUUUCACCCUGUCCCCAGCAUCAUAGGUGUCAACAAUGAUGAGUAUGGCUGGAUCAUCCCUACGGUGAGGCUCAGUUCCAAUCCUCUGGGAACAAUAAAGGAAAUAACCAGAGAGAACCUGAAGGCUGUUCUGAAGAAUACAACAGCACAAAUGAUGCUGCCUCCUGAAUGUAGUGACCUGCUAAUGGAAGAGUACAUGGGGGACAUUGAGGAUCCCCAAGCCCUCCAAUCACAGUUCACAGAGAUGAUGGGAGACUUCAUGUUUGUGAUCCCUGCACUCCAAGUAGCACAUUCUCAGCGUUUCCUUGCCCCUGUAUACUUCUAUGAGUUCCAACAUCAACCCACCUUUGUCAAGCAAUUCAGGCCAUCGCACGUUGAGGCUGACCAUGGUGAUGAGGUUCCUUUUGUCUUCGGGUCCUUGUUCUGGGGUGUGAAAUUUGAGCUCACUGAGGAGGAGAAGCUACUGAACAAGAGGAUGAUGAAGUAUUGGGCCAAUUUUGCAAGACAUGGGAACCCCAACAGCGAGGGUCUACCCUACUGGCCAACAUUGGACCAUGAUGAGCAGUACCUGCAGCUGAACAUCCAGCCUGCUGUGGGCCGAGCCCUGAAGACCAGAAAGCUGCAGUUCUGGACCAAGACUCUGCCCCAGAAGAUACAAGAGCUAAAGAGGUCACAGAACAUGCACAAAGAACUAUAGUGCCCUAUGUGAGGAAUGGUGUGUGGGCUUGGCUGCUGAUGGGGUUAGCCUGAGGUUCCAAAAAUAUACUGAGGAACCUGGAUUGAUUUUAGCAUUCACAUAACCUCUG